UCUGCUGUUAUUUUUGGCCACAAUGUCCAAAUCUCAGGAGCAGAGCCUAAAUGAGGAUGUGAUCUUCCUUCCGGUGAAUGAGUCCAACCCAGAGUUCCUCCAUUCGGAGGUGGAACGCAGUGCCCUGGAGUCCCUUCUCAGAGAUGGUCCUGGAGCUUUCUACACCAAACUGAGCGCACAUCAAAUUGAACCCUUUCUCUCCCCGGAGGAGGUGAACCAGGUCUCCCGCUGGGUGGAGGAUCAACACGUGGAGGUUGUGGAAAAUGGGGACGUCGGGAGUGAAAGCAGCUCAGGCAUGCAGGGCUCCUCGGAUCAGUAUUUCCCCGAGCUUUCAGACACGCCGGCUCCAUGUCUGGAGCUCGGAUGGCUGGAGAAGGACAGAUGGGACGGUGUGGAGCAAGCCAUGGUCUACACCAAUCCUCCAGUGGAGCAGGCUCCUCAUAUCCGUGAGGUGAUCAGGAGGCUGCUACAGGGAGCCACCACGCUGAUCGCUAUCGUAGCAGAUAGAAUCACAGACAGCACGGUGAUCGGGGAUCUGCACUCCGCUGCAUCUAGAGGUGUUGUUAUCUACAUCAUCCUGAAUCGAAGACCUGCACAAGAUAACCUAACGCCAAACCAGCUCAAGCACCCGAACAUUAUAGUUCGGAUUUUGGGUGGAAAGACGUUCAUGUCUGCAGAUAGGAAGAUGGUGGUGGGAGAGCUGAAGGAGAACUUUGUCCUGGUGGAUCUGGAGACGGUGGUUCUGGGCAACUACAGCCUGACCUGGAUUGACGCUCAUCUACACCGGCAGCUCGUCACUGUCCUGAGUGGCCCGGUGGUGCAGUUAUUCGACCGGGAGUUCCGCAUCCUCUACGCCGCCUCACUACCCAUUCCUGACUCAUGGAAAGUUGCCAAGCCCAUGGAGCAUCCCAAGAUUGAUUUAGCUCUUUACCAACCAGAACUAAGUACCUCAAAACAAGUGCUGCUUGACUGCCCCUCCUCCACUCCACCACCCUUUGCUGACUCUCCUAUAGACUGGGACGCUCUUGGGGUCUUCCAGAAGAGUGAAGACUCUCCAGAAGACCAGGUUUUGCCUGAGUUUUCUGAAGAACCGCCAAAGUUUCACAGAACAGGACCUGACUGGCAUACUGAGGCUCCUGGAGCAGGUGUAAUAAAUCUUCAUAUCACUGAAUGUCAAGAUGAAAGCAAGUUAUAUCGUGCCGCCGCUGAGCUGAGGCACAUACCAGAUCAUCAAGCGAUGUUUUGGAACAUGCAAAAACCAGAGAGGCUUCAGUACGGGUUUCUGACAGAACGUGACGAAGGACCGGCCAUGUUCAGGUACCGAGACUUCAGGAUGGAUAGGAACCUGAUGGAGGACACUGUGCCCUUCUCACGCACUCACAGACAGGACUGUUUACCAAGUCUGGACAGGAGUUGUGGGGAAAAUACCAUCCCAGAGGAGACAACGCCUGGGACAUCUGCAGCUCCAGUCCAUUAUAAGAAACCCAUUGUUGUGAGUGUUCCUCAGACCGACAGCUCUUGGAGGCUGGGUGAUAUCCUGAAAAAGAUCAGCACUGAUCACAGCACCAAGGGCCUGCAGACAAAAAUGGCCAACAAUACAAUCAGCAAAUCUAGUCUGGACCUGAGUUCACCAGGGACCGAGACACUGCAGAGGAGCCAGAGUCAGGCCAAUUUAUACGACAGCUUCCCGAUGACGCCAGCUCUAGCCCUGAUGAAAAAGCGCAACGAUGAGGUCAAAUCUUCACUUCUGAGAAGUCCGAAGGCUUUCCAGCCACUAUCCAGACCCCGCAGUUUUAGUUUAGGCCUUAAGAGGGACACGUGGAAACCUGCUUUAUUCAGACAGAAGAAUAACGAUGAGGACAAGUGAAGAAAUCCCAACCAGAUGAGCACAACGUGACGCAGAAUAUAAAAUGCGGUUCUCCUAUUAGGAUGGGCCUACAAGCUAAUUGCACAAUGGCAACAAUUGUGUGAACACUAGGCGAAUACCUUUUAUGUUACUAAAUGAUCGAGUAGACGUGUUAAUAAAUCACCUGAACUAAAGAUGAAGUGCGUGUAAUGUCUCAGUAGUAUUUGUAUUGUAAUAAAGUAGUAAUAAAGUGAAGAAUUGUUGUCAUCAUGACAGAAGAACACUGGGUCAAAAAGAAGGAACAUUUAUCAUCACAAUUUAAUCAUCACAUUUUAGAAUUUAGGCCUAUAUGUUUCACAUCUUUCUUUAAUGGCUCAUUGUCCAAAGGGGGAGGAGUUAUAGGAAAAUAAUCAAAGUGGUAUUCCUCUUAUACCACAGCAAUUUACAAUAUUGUUUAUAUUUAUUAAAGAACAACACAUCAUACAUUUUAUCGGUUUAUAUUUCCAUUUAAUGUUGUGGAACAUCAUCAUUCUCUCACCACCUUCUCUUUGGUCUCGCUCUUAAAGUUAAGAAGACAAAUAUGCAGCUUGUCAUGUUACAGAGAAACCGCCAAGAAGUGUCAACUCGCCUGUCCUGAAGCUGUCGGAAAACUUAAACUUAAAGCUUUACUUCUGAAACUGGAGACUCCUUCUAUCAACGUUAAAUAAAACUCUUCUUUACAGAAAUCUUCAUCAUAUCGGAAUAAUACGUUUACACGGAGCGUCCUUCUUACAAGUCCCUAUGAACGAGCUUUUACUAUAGAAACGAUAACAUAUCAGAACGAGUGCAUUAAUUGUAUAUAAACCUGCAAUUUGGAGCUGCACUACUGUCAGAGCUGCUGUUAUAGAAAAUGAAUCAACUCCUUCUGACCAAUCAGAAUCCGAUCAACAAGUCUUCAAUCUUUCUGACUCGAAUAAGGAGUCAGGUUUUAUAUAUUUUUGCGAAAAAACAUUACUAAACACAACUUGUAUAUAAUCCUCACAGCCGUGUGUAAUACCACGACACACCAGGGGUUACAAAUCACUAUAUGAUUUUAUACCUCUUUUUUUUUUACCCUUAAUACAAAAAAAUGGUUCCUCAGGAUAAUUUAGAUAGUUAAGAGCUCUAGCCAUCUAAAUGGGUUCGACUU